UUUCUUCUGUUUCAAAGCUUUUCAAUUUUUCGUUUUCUUUCAAGAACCCUAGAAGAAACGAAACCCUAGUUCUUCAAAGGUUCCGAGAUCUUCCUCGGGGUUCAAAUUUCGGUGUUCUGGUGAAUGUGAAUCUUGUUUAUGCGAGUUCUUUGUUCUUGUUUUGAUGAGUGUCGUGCUUUUUGGUUCUAGUUCUUAGUGUAAUUUUUGUAGUGUAUCAAUGGCGGAACGUAGGUUCUGUAUAGGGUAUGCUUUGGCUCCCAAGAAGCAACAGAGCUUCAUCCAAGACUCAUUAGUCAGCCUCGCGGCGUCUCGAGGGAUUGAUCUUGUUCGAAUCGACACUGACCGGCCACUUCUUGAUCAAGGGCCAUUUGAUUGCAUUCUUCACAAGUAUUACGGUGAGGAUUGGAGGAAGCAGCUGAUUGAGUUUAGAGUAAAGAACCCUAAUGCCUUGAUUUUGGACUCACCGGACUCGAUUGAGAGACUUCAUAACCGGAUUUCCAUGCUUCAAGUGGUUUCCGAGUUGAAGAUUGAUAACGCCAAUGAAUCGUUUGGGAUCCCCAAGCAGAUUGUGAUUUACGAUAAGGAAACUUUGUUUGAUCGGCAGGCUUGCGAGGGUUUGAAGUUCCCAGUCAUUGCCAAGCCGUUGGUGGCUGAUGGCAGCGCCAAAUCUCACAAAAUGGCGCUCGUUUUCAACCAUGAUUGUUUGAACAAGCUUAAGCCUCCGAUAGUCUUGCAGGAGUUCGUAAAUCAUGGAGGGAUUAUCUUUAAGGUUUACGUUGUUGGGCAAUAUGUGAAAUGUGUGAAGAGGAAAUCUCUGCCUGAUGAACCGGAAGCGAAAUUGGGAAAUGUAGAAGGAUUGUUAUCAUUUUCGCAGGUCUCGAAUUUGACCCCUCGUGAGAAAAUUAACGAUAAGUUCUACAAGAUGAUGCAGCUUGACGAUACAGAGAUGCCACCGUUGAGCUUCGUCACUGACAUUGCUAGAGGGUUGCGGCGCUCCCUGAACUUGAAUCUUUUUAACUUCGACGUGAUUCGGGACUCAAAAAUUGGGACUCGGUAUCUUAUAAUUGACAUUAACUAUUUCCCUGGGUAUGCAAAAAUGCCGGGUUAUGAGAAGGUUUUGACGGAUUUUUUCUGUGAUUUAGCGCAGAACAAAGAUUCAAUGAAGAAGAGUCCAGACGCCAAGGAAGGUGAGGACAAGAUUGGCUCUGAUCGGCAACUGCCGGUGAAGACGGCCGACCAAGAAACUAGAAAGACCGCCAUUGAUGAGGAUGAUGGAGGUCAAUCAGUUAACAGGGAAAUGAAAGAAGAAACCCCUGUUCGAGAUUGACCAUUAUUUUGGAAGCCCUUCAUUCUCAAGCCUUUAUGUUCUAGAGUUGCUUGAAUUUGCUCAAUUCAUUUGGGUCGUUCUUUCUGGACUUGAAGUGAGUUCUACACAUUUCUUUCGAUAGCCAUUGGUACAGAAAUGAAAAAGGUAAAAUUGACUUUCCUUCAUUUAGUUCUUAACCUCAUAAAGAAAUUAAAGUGUGUCCAGUGUUAUCAUGUAUAUUCCAUCCUCUUAACGUUACCACGGGAGAUAACACCUUAGUGAGGUCUUAUGGAGGUCAAAUUGUAUCUUGAGGAAAAUAAGAACAUCCUCCCAACAAGUUGUUGAACCUGCUUUGAGAUGAUAGUCGUGUUCUGAAUCCAAGAACCUGCCUUUUUAUGAUCUGCCAAGAAAAUGAUGAAAGAAUUUUGUUUUUUUUUUUUUUAUGAACUGUACAUUCUGAAUAAUAGGUCCUGAGCCCGAUUUCUUGGGAAAUUCAGAAAUAUCAUGGUUUCUGGUUAGAACUAUUUUCUUUUUUUUUCUGUGUUCUAUGAUUAUGCUGGGAAAUGAGCUGAGAUAGACAGAAUGAAGCUAAAUCAUUAGUAUUGUACUUUUGUGGACGUUCGGUUGAGAAUUGCCAUUUUUUCUUCGAUGGGGAGGAUUCUCGACAAUCUGAUAUUUAAAAUGGAAA